GGCCAAUUCAUACCUAUAUUUCACGUAUCCCAUCAUGUCAUUUCCACAGUAUCAGUAUUUCAACGUCUCGAGCCCGGAGAAAUGGGUCGCCCAUGUCGAGAUCAACCGUGCUGAGAAGCUCAAUGCAUUCUCGGAACCGAUGUGGCUUGAGAUACGCCGUGUGUUUGAGAACCUGUCAGAUGAUGCUGCGGUCAGAUCCAUCGUCUUCUCCGGGAGCGGCGACAAGGCCUUUUGUGCCGGUCUCGAUGUUGAUUAUGCGGCUACACCUGGGUCCUUUUUCAACCCGGAUUCCAAGGACAAAGCCGAUGCUGCUCGAUAUGCUGCUCGUGUGAGGAGGUUUGCAUAUGAGUUCCAAGACUGUAUCUCAAGCAUUGAGCGGUGCGAAAAACCCGUGAUAUGCGUUUUGCAUGGCGUUUCUAUUGGUCUAGCCGUCGACAUCGCCUGCUGUGCAGACUUGAGAGUCUGCACUUCUAAUGUCACCUUUGCGGUCAAAGAAGUCGACAUUGGACUUGCUGCAGACAUUGGAAGUCUCACACGUCUGCCAAAGAUCGUUGGUUCCUAUGCCUGGGUCAAGGAAGUCUCUCUGACCGCGAGGAAUUUCGGUGCUCAAGAGGCUUUGCGCGUUGGCUUUGUCAACAGUGUCUUUCAGACCAAGGCCGAGGCAAUGUCGGAAGCUCUCAGGCUUGCCAAAAUAAUGGCAAGCAAAAGCCCUGUAGCUGUCCAAGGGACCAAGAACUUUUUGGAUUGGUCUCGUGACCAUGACAUUAUGACAGGUUUGAGAUACACUGCUGUGUGGAACGGAGCGGCAGUCAACACAACCGAUAUCCCCGUCGCAAUGGCAUCAAUGCGGCAGAAGAAGGUUCCAACAUUCGAAAAACUCUGAUCCGCAAGCAUUAAUUUUAUCCUUCCAGAAACUCGCAAGGCGCCCUGCAUUGUAUCAUAAAAGUUGGAAUUUUGGCAUUUUCCAGAAUCUCUAAUUCGAGAAGCUGCAGUUUUUGUCUCUAGAUAGGUAUACAGGGUUUCACUAGAUCUUGCUCCGAGAGACUUGGUCCCCGGCC